AUGGCAUCUUUGUGGCUAACUGUCGCUUUAAUGGCGAUUAUCGGCGUAAAUGCUGAUCCAGAACCAAGUAAUAAUAAUAAUAAUCCAUUUCAAGGGUUUCCUUUUCCACAGUUUCCCCAGCUUUCUUUCCCAACCAUUCAAUUACCAAAUUUCCCUAACUUCCCGCAAUUCCAUCCUGUAUUUCCGACGAUCCCUCCUAUAAAAAUUCCAAGUGCAGAUGAUAUUAUCAAUAGAAAAGUGAACCCCAACGAGGUGUACAACGGGAUUGUCGUGCAAUCGUCCUCAGGCUUUGUCAGAGAUAAAGAUGGGAAUUUGAAAAAAUCCGGAGGUACCACUGUGGUAACAAACAACAAUGGUGAAGUCGAAAAGUUUACAGUUGGUAAAGCGCCGCCAGUGGAUAACAUG